CCCCAAUUCACUUUCCUAAGAUGCAAUUCCUCCUACAAUGGUCUGCUCUGAUCAGCUUGAUCUUGUUGGUCUCUUCAUCUUCAGCUUUACUCCCAACAGGAAGUUCAAAUUCGGCAGGGCAAGCAGCUUGUGCUCAAUUGAGUAAACUUUUAGGUCAAAAGGUAUCAUCGAUUCCAUUAGAUCCUGCUUAUAUCCAAUCAACACAAAAAUAUUUCUCAUCUCAGCAAGCACAAAAUAAACCUUCAUGCGUUGUUGGCCCAACGUCUUAUUCUGACGUUACAACCGCAGUCAAGGUUAUUCGACAAUUCAAUUCAACUUUAGCCAUCAAAGCAGGAGGUCAUCAAACGAACAAUUAUUGGUCAAGUACUGCAGGUGGUGUUUUGAUCGAUAUGAUUGAUAUGAGAGCAAAGACAUACGAUUCGUCAACUCAAACAGCCUAUUACCAACCGGGAAACAAGUGGUCAGAUUUAUAUCCUUAUUAUGAAAAUCUUGGUGUGAUUCCGGUUGGUGGCCGUAUUGCUGAUGUUGGUUCAGGUCUGUCGCUCGGUGGAGGGCUCUCGUUCCUUUCGGGUCAAUAUGGUUUGGCUUGUGAUUCUUUCAAAGCGCUAGAUGUCGUUUUGAUUGAUGGUACUUUGGUUCAAGCCACAGCUACGAAUCAAUACAAAGACCUUUUCCUCAGCUUAAAGGGGGGAGGUAAUCAAUUUGGCAUCGUAGUUGGCUACACGGUUGAUGUUUAUCCAAUCGGAGACACUUGGGGUGGUGUUUUAAUCUAUGGAUCUGAUCAAUUUGAAGCCGUAUACCAAUCCGUACUCAACUUCACCAAUGAAAAUGCUGAUCCAAAAGCUGCAGUGAUUGGUACUUUGGAGAUUAUUGGGCUACCAAGCGUUGUGGAUGUGCUAACCUAUCCAGUCUUGAAAGGAUUGACUCAAUUUAUCCUUUUGUUCAACGUGUAUGAUGGUCCAGAUGGCUCAGAAGUAUUUAAACAAUUCACAAAUAUUCCACACAUCUUGGACACACGUCAAAAGCAACCUUAUACCAACAUUGCAAAUAUCGAUCCUGUUGGCAAUCUGUCAAUCGGAAGUGUUAGCUUCCGAGCAGGAAGCCAUAGCAGUACUUCAUCAACCGCUUCAGCCACUUUGAAACAAGCACUAGACGACUUCCUAGACUAUGCUGAUCAAUCGAAAGGUACUUAUGACGUUUUGAGUUUCGAUAUGCAACCUGUUCCUGCAUCUUUAGUUCAAGCUAGUCGUGCAAAAGGUGGUAAUGCUCAAGAUAGCGUUGAUGGACCUUAUUAUUGGAUCAAUUAUCUCCAUAGCACUACUCUUGGCUAUCCAAGUGCACAACAAUCUUUGGCCGAUUUCAAGACAAUGGUUGAAAAGACACCAAAUGAUCCAACGUUGCCGAUUUUCUUGAAUGAUGCAAAUGCCGAUCAACCGAUUCUACAAUCUUACCGUGCUUUUGAUCAGUUGAAAGCAGCCAAAGCAAAAUACGAUCCAGAUAAUUAUCUUUCCACACAUAUGGGCGGUCCAAGUUUUUCUUGAAUCUGUCAUUACUUAUAAUUCACUUAUUUACAGGGCUUUAAGUAUAAUUCUUUUGAAUGUCAGCAAACCAUGCACUGAUGUUGCCCACAUUGCUGUCAACACAAUCAGGCUGAUCGUAAUGUUGAAAGUGAGAGAAUUCGUUGUUCCAAA